AUGACUAAUCCACUUGUUGCUUACUCUGAUGACGAAAGCUUGUCUGAUAGUGCGUAUUCUCAUGGGGAAGAGAACCCAGUUGUUGAUGUGGUGCCCGAUCUUGGGGAAGAAAGCCAACUCCCAGCCACACCACCUACAUCCUCAUCAAAAUUGGAUCUGCCUCCAUCACCACCGCCAACAGCUCCAUCACCAUCACCAAAACCUCCAUCACCACCACCAAAAGCUCCAUCACCACCGCCAAAAGCUACAUCCCCACAAGCACAAGUAACCCCUUCCCCAUCACCAGUUAAAGGAGCAUCUUCACCUGUCGUUACAGACUCCCCACCACCAUCCAUCAUCGAAUCUCCCCCAUCAGCACUCCAAGAAAACCCAGCAUCACCGGUCCACGAAACCCCACUUUCACCAACCCCAACAUCUCCCACAACCACUGUCCCAACCAUCCCCCCUUCUUCACCAUCUCACCAAACCACUCCUCAAAACCCACCACCCUCUCAAAUCCAUGAUGAUAUUCUUUUGAGUUCCCUUCAUCCUACAAAACCACGGCGGCCAAGAAAACACAUUGCCGUCAAACACGUUCGUCCACACAGGACAGUAACAAGGAGUGCGCAUGUGGUCAAGCCAGCUGAUGAUACAACAUCUAGGGUGAAGCGUCGCCAUUUGGGUAAGUCUCAUGUUCCUUCAUCAGUCUCUCCAAUGGAUCUUGCUUCUGAUACUGAUGCCAUGUCUGAGGAAAAACAUUCUGCAACCCCUCAAUCCAAAACAAAAUCUGCGAAAAGAAAUGCAGAUAAAUUUCUAAAAGUGGGAAGGAAAAAGUACUUCCAAACCAAAUCAGUGCUUAGGGGUAGAACUUUUCAUCCUGAUAUACUUUCAAUGGAUUUAGUGAAGCAGGUUUGUGAACUCCUAAGGUUUCAAGGGUGGGAGGAGUUAUUUCUCGAACCUAGUUUGAUUUAUGAAAAGGAAGUGGUCGAUUUCUAUACGAACUUGGUAAUCUUAGAAGGAGAUGUGGUGUUGUCUAGUGUAACGGGUGUUGAUAUUGUGUUCGAUGCAACCAAGCUUGGGGAAAUAUUGCAUAUACCAUCUGUAGGUUUAAAUGUGUACAAUUGGAGUUUUGAUGAGUAUUCAAGUCUGCCAGCUCGAUUCUCUCAAGGUAGAGUCAAUUCUAGGGCUCAAACUGUUUUAAAGGGAAUAAUGCGAUCUUUGCAUAAGCUUCUUUUUGAGAUAGUUCAUAAGGUGAUACUGCCUAGAGGUAACCAACGUCACAUUGCCUCCAUACGAGACAUGGGACUUAUGAGUGCACUUGAAUGCAAAGAGCGCAUUGAUUGGCCUACAUUGAUUAUCAAACAUCUUGCUAGAAUUGUGGAUCCUAAGUUAGGCUCUCAUCAUUUAGAUUUUGGCAACCUAUUGACUAGGGUGUUUGAUGAUUUUGAAGUACCAUUGGGAGAAGGCAGGAUCUUAACUCGUGCAGACAUGUUCACUCAAACAAUCCUUGCUGAUUGUGGCAUUCCUAUGGAGUCGGAGCAGGUUGCAACUGCGUCUCCACGUACAUCUGGUCCUGUUGCUCAGUUACUUAGGGAACUUAAAGUAGCUCAAGAAAAGAACGCCUCUCUUGAAUCAGACAAUCAGAAGUUACGUGCUCAGCUCGAUUCUUCAAAUGCUGAAAUACACAGGUUGAAGGAUCAGUUGGUGCAGCAGCAACUUGCUAACAAUGCCAGAGUUGACAGAGUUUUGGAUAUGCUGGCUUCAGCUUCAACUAAGCCUGGUCAACCUCCACAGUGA